AUGACGGGCGAGGUGGUUUCUGAGGUUCACUUAGAAAUCAAUGAUCAAAAACUUAUUUCACAAGAAGCAAAUAGUCUUUCAGACAGUGGACAGGAAAGCUGUGAAACAAUUGGACCUUUGAGUGAAAGAGAUUCAGAUGAAGAGAUAUUUGUGAGUAAGAAAUCAAAAAGCAGGAAAGUGCUACAAGAGAGUGAUUCUGAAGAAGAGGACAUAAAGCUGUCUUCAGAGAAAACUACCUAUGACAGUGCCGAGGAAAAUAAAGAGAAUUUAUUUGCUGGAAAAAAUGGAAACAUCAGAAAGAUUUACAAAACUCUGGGGAACAGUGAUGAAAGUGACCUUGAGGAGUCUUCAGAUAAGGAAAAUCUUGAAACUCAAGUGAUAUCAUGCUCAGAGCUGGGCCUCCAAUCUGAAAAUAUGGUGGACAGAAAGAACUCAAAAAACUCCACACCUUAUAAAGAAGGAACUGAAGGAAAAGCAAAAGUAAAAUCAAAAAGGAGGCUUGAGAAAGAGGAGAAAAAACUGGAAAAAAUUAGACGGCUGAAAAAGAAGGAAACAAAAAGUGAGGAAGAUGAAGUGGAAAAGCCAUUUAAUGAUAGUGGCUGUCUUCUUGUGGACAACGACCUUUUUGAAACUGGAUUGGAAGAAGAAAAUGACUCUCCAUUGGAUGACGAAGAAUCAUUAGAAUCAAUAAGAGCAGCUGUGAAAAACAAAGUGAAAAAGCAUAAGGAAAAGAAGCUGUCUUUGGAAAGUAGCAUUAGUUCCUUUGAAGAAGAAAGUGAGUUAUCAAAAGGCACUAUGAGAAAGGAAAGGAAGGCAGCCAAGUUAAGUAAGGAAGCCUUAAAAAAACUGCAUAGUGAAACUCAGCGCCUUAUUAGAGAGUCUGCACUCAAUCUUCCAUAUCAUAUGCCUGAGAAUAAAACCAUUCAUGAUUUCUUCAAACGUAAACCCCGACCCACUUGCAAUGGAAGUGCCAUGGCACUAUUGAAGUCAUCUAAAUAUCAAAAAGAAAUCAUAGACUCUGGGAAUAUAUCGGGAGUGAGUUGUGACGAGCAUAGCAAAGGGUCUAAGCAGACAAGUGACGGAUGUGAAAUGGAGACUAAUACAAUUCCUUCAGUUUCAAAGGAAAAUCAGCUCAUUACUGAAUCAGCUGAAUCUUGCAGUAAGGAUUUGAUGGGAAGCGAAGAGCUAGACAUUCAGGAGAAAGAGAAACAGAGUGAUGCUGGGUCUUCAUCUGGGUACUGCUCAGUGGGGCAAAAGGAACUCACCUUCCUCAGGAACCAGGACAGUGAGGAGUGUCAAGCUGGAGGGCUUUUGGCACCAGAGCCUCAUGCCCCUGAGGGAGAAGAAGGACUGAAAAAAACAGAAGCAGAAGACUUGGGAAACCAAAGACAACAAAGCAAAUCAGCUCCAGAUGCACCACCUGAAAAAGGGAGACGCUUUACACUGGAUAGACUUAAGCAGUUGGGAGUAGAUGUUUCCAUUAAACCUCGGCUGGGUGCCAAUGAAGAUUCCUUUGUGAUACUUGAAGAACCUGAAAAAAACAGAGAACUGGAAGCCUUAAAGCAGCGUUUCUGGAAACAUGCUAAUCCAGCAGUCAAACCUCGGGCUUGUCAGAAGCUGAAUGUGAACAUCAUAGUGAAAGAUAUAGGCACUAAUGGAAAGGAAGAGCUAAAAACAGAUGUGGUACCUGUGACUUUGGCAGCAGAGAAACUGGAUGAAACAGGCCACACAAAACCAGGUGAAAAGCUUCAGGUGUUGAAAGCAAAACUGCAAGAAGCAAUGAAACUUCGAAGGUUUGAGGAACGCCAAAAACGUGAAGCAUUAUUUAAAUUAGAUAAUGAAGAUGUAUUUGAAGAAGAGGAGGAAGAGGAAGAAAUGACAGAUGAAUCUGAGGAAGAUGGAGAUGAGGAGGAAGAAGAAGGAUUAGAGGAAGAAGAGGGCAAAGUUGAGGAAGAGGAGGAUAAAGACAAUCAAGAGAUUACAGAAUUCCUUCUCAGUGGUGAAGAAACAGAAACCAGAGAUGAAAAAGAAAUGGACAAAGAAAAUAAUGAUGGCAGUAGUGAAAUUGGCAAGUCAGUUGGCCUGCUUUCUGUUCCCAAACCUCUCUCAUCAGAUUCUACCUUACUUCUAUUUAAGGACAACUCUUCCAGGACGGGUUAUUUUCCUUGUGAAGAAAAAUCAGAAACAGAUGCAAACUUAGGCAAAAGACAUAGCAAACUGGAUGAAGAUGAUUCAUGCUCAUUGCUAACAAAGGAGAGCAGCCACAAUAGCAGCUUUGAACUGAUUGGCUCCACCAUUCCAUCCUAUCAGCCUUGCAACAGACAAACCGGCCGAGGGACUAGUGUUUUCCCUACAGCAGGAGGAUUCAGAUCUCCUUCCCCAGGGCUUUUUCGAUCCAAUUUAGUCAACUCAGCUUCUAAGAGUUCAGGAAAGCUGUCUGAGCCUUCACUUCCCAUAGAGGAUUCCCAGGAUCUGUAUAACGCCUCCCCAGAACCCAAGACACUUUUCCUAGGAGCAGGAGAUUUCCAGUUCUGUUUAGAAGAUGACACCCAGAGCCAACUGUUGGAUGCAGAUGGGUUUUUAAAUGUUAGAAAUCACAGGAAUCAGUACCAGACUCUGAAGCCACACUUGCCAUUGGCCAGUAUGGAUGAGAAUGCCAUGGAUGCUAACAUGGAUGAGCUAUUGGACUUGUGUACUGGAAAGUUCACUUCCCAGACUGAAAAACCUCUGCUUGGGAAGAGUGAUAAAAACAAGAACAUGGAGGAACUUCUGAAUUUUUGUUCAGGAAAAUUCACUACUCAAGAUGCCUCUAUUCUGGCUCCAUCAGAAUUGAAUAAUCAGGAGAAGGAGGGAAGCAUGGGUGAUCCAAUGGAAGAAGCACUUGCUCUUUGCUCAGGCUCCUUUCCAACAGAUAGGGAAGAAGAUGAAGAAGAGGAGUUUGGAGACUUUCAGCUUGUCCCAAAUGAUAAUGAGUUUGAUAGCAAUGAGGAUGAAAAAAGUGACUCUGAUGAUGAAGAUGUGGCAUCAGAAGACCAUGAAGAUGACGAAGAAGAUUUUCUGCAGCAAUCCGAGAAGUUGAAAAGGCAAAUGAGAUUGAAAAAAUACCUGGAAGAUGAGGCGGAGGUUUCAGGGAGUGAUGUGGGAAGUGAAGAUGAGUAUGAUGGGGAAGAUAUUGAUGAAUAUGAAGAAGAUGUAAUUGAUGAAGUACUUCCAUCUGAUGAGGAGCUACAGAAUCAAAUCAAGAAAAUACACAUGAAAACGUUGUUGGAUGAUGAUAAGCGACAGCUACGUUUAUACCAAGAGCGGUACCUUGCUGAUGGGGAUCUGCAUAGUGAUGGUCCUGGAAGAAUGAGAAAAUUCAGAUGGAAAAACAUUGAUGAUGCCUCCCAGAUGGACUUGUUCCAUAGAGACUCUGACGAUGAUCAAAUUGAAGAACAGCUUGAUGAGACUGAGGCCAAAUGGAGAAAGGAGCGAAUUGAACGAGAGCAGUGGCUUCGGGACCAAGCACAGCAAGGGAAAAUAGCAACUGAAGAAGAAGAAAUUGGGGAAGAUAGUCAAUUUAUGAUGCUGGCCAAAAAAGUUACAGCUAAAGCACUACAGAAAAAUGUCAAUCGGGCUGUGGUUAUGCAAGAAUCAAAAUCUGUACUUAGAAAUCCCUUUGAAGCCAUCAUACCGGAAACUACUAACCAGCUGAAGACAGGUUCUCUGCUAAAUCAGCCCAAAGCUGUGCUUCAGAAACUGGCUGCACUUUCUGACCUCAACCCUAGUGCUCCCCGGAAUUCUCGAAACUUUGUCUUCCAUACAAUUUCUCCUGUCAAGGCUGAAGCAGAAAAGGAAUCAUUGAAGCCUCAGGUGAGGAGAAAAGGUUCAUCUGUAAAAACAACUCCUUCACCUAAGCGCCUCAAAGCAGAUGAUAGCACUUCAGGAUUGAAGCAAAGUAUCUUUAAAUUUUUGGAAAGCUAACACCAUUAAGGAUGCCAGCACCAAUGUGGAGACUGCUUUGAGAAGGUUCUGGCAUUGAAGGUUGGAUUAAUGUUCAUGUGGG